CGGGGCUCAAGCCAACCUCUGCUACUCUCAUGAGUUGGUGCAAAAUUGCAAAUGAAUGCAAUCCCAUUGUGCCCAUACCGAAACCUGAAACAGACCCGAAGUGAAGAAGCCAUGUGGGUUGUGUCCCCAACCACAGCUAGACCAUAUCUCCUCCCUCUCACCCCUUCCACUCCCUCCAUCUUAGCCGACUCUCGACCACCGCGCUUUCGCUCCAAGCCACCCAAAGACGUCAAAGGCCUUGGCCGCACCAUCUUCACGGCUCUCACUUCAAGUCAUCCCAACGCCUCCCCCUAUCCAAUCUCAAAUCAGCGAAAACAAGAACAAGAAGAUGGAGGAGGGCAGAUAAGUGGGUCGGAUGUGCUUUGGGCUCUGCAGAAAGCAGCCGCUCAGAAAAACGAGAUGAGUGAAAAUAAGAAAUCCAAGAAGAAGAAGAAGAAGAAAGGUGUGUCAUCCAGCAAUCACAGUGAAGAGGUGAAUGUGGAUUAUAGGAACGUGCGGCCGUUGUGCGUUAAGAGUGAGUGGGGUGUGAGGUUAGAGGAGCUGGAGAAGCGUCUUCAGGAGCUUUCUGAGACCCAUUGAGAUGUUAAGGUAAAGAUGGGCAAAUGUUUUCUGUUCAAGACUUGCUACUGAUAAAUUUCUUUACUUGUUAAAAAAAGAAAAAGAAAUGUUUUGCUCUGUAACUUAUGUGUGCAAUAUGCGUCUUAGAUUGGCUUGUGUGAUUUGGAUUCCUUGAUGUUAUCUCAAUAAUAAUAAGAUUUUUUCCUUC